AUGUCCAUACCCCUCGUCUCGAACGUGUACCUAGACGAAAGCUCCGCGAAAGUGAGAGCGAAGCCCGUGCCAUGGGAGGGAUACCAACGCGCGGACUUGAUUACUAGUGAAGAGUUGGGCCUCAUCAAGAAGGUGGACAGACAACCGAGGGCGAAGAUCGACUCCGUGUUUCUGUCGGAUGGCCCGUCGUAUGCCUUGCUAUUCCUGAGGCUGCUCAAGAAGCUGCAGAGAACAGACACGCAGCAGUGUAUCCUGGUGCUCAUCACGGAUGCCAUCGCAGACCACGAUGAGCGGAUACCGCUGUUCACUAGGACACGAGAAGUGGACCCCGAACUGCCAUAUGGUGCACUAUCCCGGCUCCUCGAUUCUCAGGACGACUUUGUGCAGUUGAAGACGACACAGAUCAUGACUGUCCUUCUCAGUUCCGAGUCUACACCUAUACCCACUGAACAGCUCAAGCCGUUCCUGAACACGCUUGCGGCCUUCAUUGGCUCGGGUCCGCACAAGCGAGAUAUCGCAGUGCAGUGCCUGGAAGCAGUCCUUCCCCGUCCCGAGUGCCGCAAAGCUGUCUGGGCAAACCCGACGCUUAUAGCGGGGUUGAUUGAUAUCCUGAGGCACAACCCCAAUGCCCAAAUGAGCUACCAAGUCGGAUUCUGUCUAUGGCUGCUGACGUUCGAGCAAGAGGUUGCCGAGCAGAUCCAGAACAAGUACGACAUCGUACCUCUUCUGACAGACGUCGCUCAGAAUGCUGCCAAGGAGAAGGUCGUCCGCGUCGUUGUCGCCACUUUCCGCAAUCUCAUCUCCAAGGCACCCGCCGCGAACCUCCCCGCCAUGCUCGUCGCCCAAUUGCUUCCAUUCGCGAAGAACCUGUGUACACGAAAGUGGUCAGACGAAGACAUCCUUGAGGACGUCCAGUACAUCCGAGAUGAGCUGAAUGCACGAUUCGACAGCUUAACCACCUACGACGAGUACAGCUCAGAACUUAUCUCGGGUCAUCUGUCGUGGACGCCCGUACACGAGUCCGAGCUGUUCUGGAAGGAGAACGCCACCAAGCUCAAUGACAAGGACUAUGCGCAACUCAAGACUCUUAUCAAACUUUUGAACGAGUCAGAUGAUCCCGUAGUGCUUGCCGUGGCUGCUCACGACGUUGGUCAAUAUGUCAAGCAAUACGAGCGGGGAAAGAAGAUAUUCACGGAUCUUGGGGGCAAGACGCGUGUUAUGGAGCUCAUGUCGCACGAGAAUACCGAUGUACGGUACCAGGCACUUGUCACAGUGCAACGCCUCGUCAGCCACCCGUGGGCAAACAUGUAA